UUCGUCGACUAUUCGGAGUACGUGUUGUGGGUAUCGGUGGCUGUGUAUGGGGUCGGUGUCGGACCCUUCAUCGGACCCGUGUAUCAGUUACUGGCUCAGGUCACCCAGGUUACCAAUAUGAUCGGGGUGAUUAUGACGUUUAGUCGUAAUUUAAUGGAGAAUCUCUUAACGCAAGAGAAGGCAAUGAUUGAGUCGUUGAGUGAAUAUUUGGUGUCCGAAGAGGUCCUCAAUUCACGCUUAAGACGAUUGACAGACAACUCAUUGAGUUUGAACUCAAUUGCACUGAAAGGGGACACCGAUGGCUCACUUUUAGGACAUCCACUCGACGUAUAUCUCCUCAUCAGACGAAUGUCUAUCGACUGGAAAGAAGUGAACGAUUUGUUAAGAACCAAAAGCCAGCGCUUAAGUGAUGUCCAAAUGAGACAAAUCGGUGGUCACUCUAACCAUACAAAUGCACUCAAUGUCACGUUUGACUUCCAGUGUGUGGGCAGUAGUCAUAAGAUUAUCACUAAUCAGGAGCUAAAAGACGCCGCGUUUGGAGUGAUAAGUCUCGUCAAUACUUAUGAGUUGGAUAUCAAGUCAAUAGCGAAUGGAUUCAUUAGAUCUAAGACCAGUUCCGGUGCUGAAGUGUCUUCACAUGAAAAUCAAUCCAAAGUUGCUUUAAAUGCUUUCGAUUGCUAUUUGAUUGGAAAACAAACGUUUGAUAACAAGGAGUACUCGAAUGCAAAGCAAUGGCUGACAGAAGCGGUCGACAGAUUGGAUGACAUGACCAGCGAUGAGAUAAUUUCAGACAUUUUCAAUUACCUGUUGUUUUGUGAACUGAAAGUUCGAAAACCAAGUGAAGCCCAAAAAUAUAAGAGAUGGUCGGCCGCUAUAAAGCCUGACAUCGAGACAAAUGGGUUGAAAUCGGAGAUGAAAGUGGUGCAUGACACAAAUGGCACCACUCCUCGUCUCUAA